AUGGUGCUGGAUCUGGACUUGUUUCGGGUGGAUAAAGGAGGGGACCCAGCACUUAUCCGGGAAACUCAGGAAAAGCGCUUCAAGGACCCGGGACUAGUGGACCAGCUGGUGAAGGCAGACGGCGAGUGGCGACGAUGCAGAUUUCGGGCAGACAACUUGAACAAGCUGAAGAACCUAUGCAGCAAGACAAUUGGAGAAAAGAUGAAGAAAAAAGAGCCGGUGGGAGAAGAAGAGUGCAUUCCAGAGAAUGUAUUGAAUCUUGAUGACCUCACUGCAGACACUUUAGCUAGCCUGAAAGUCUCACAGAUCAAAAAAGUCCGACUCCUCAUCGAUGAAGCCAUCCUGAAGUGUGAUGCUGAGCUGGUAAAGUUGGAAGCGGAGCGGUUUGAGAACCUCCGAGAGAUCGGGAACCUUCUGCAUCCGUCUGUGCCCAUCAGUAACGAUGAGGAUGUGGACAACAAAGUAGAAAGGAUUUGGGGUGAUUGUACAGUCAGGAAGAAGUACUCUCACGUGGACCUUGUGGUGAUGGUAGACGGCUUUGAAGGCGAAAAGGGUGCCGUAGUGGCUGGGAGUCGUGGGUACUUCCUGAAGGGGGCCUUGGUAUUCCUGGAACAGGCUCUCAUCCAGUUCGCCCUUCGUACCUUGGGAAGUCGGGGCUACACUCCCAUUUAUACCCCCUUUUUCAUGAGGAAGGAGGUCAUGCAGGAGGUGGCACAGCUCAGCCAGUUUGAUGAGGAACUUUAUAAGGUGAUUGGCAAAGGCAGUGAAAAGUCUGAUGACAACUCCUAUGAUGAGAAAUACCUGAUCGCCACCUCAGAGCAGCCCAUUGCCGCUCUCCACCGGGACGAGUGGCUUCGGCCAGAAGAUCUGCCCAUCAAGUAUGCUGGCCUGUCCACCUGUUUUCGCCAGGAAGUGGGCUCCCAUGGCCGCGACACCCGGGGCAUCUUUCGAGUCCAUCAGUUUGAGAAGAUUGAACAGUUUGUCUACUCAUCACCCCAUGACAACAAGUCAUGGGAGAUGUUUGAAGAGAUGAUUACAACCGCAGAGGAGUUCUACCAGUCUUUGGGGAUCCCUUACCACAUUGUGAAUAUUGUCUCAGGUUCUUUGAAUCAUGCUGCCAGUAAGAAACUCGACCUGGAGGCCUGGUUUCCAGGCUCAGGAGCCUUCCGAGAGUUAGUCUCCUGUUCCAAUUGCACAGACUAUCAGGCUCGCCGGCUCCGAAUCCGAUACGGGCAGACAAGGAAGAUGAUGGACAAGGUGGAAUUUGUCCAUAUGCUCAAUGCUACAAUGUGCGCCACUACUCGUACCAUCUGUGCCAUCCUGGAGAACUACCAGACAGAGAAGGGCAUCACUGUGCCUGAAAAAUUGAAGGAAUUCAUGCCACCAGGUCUCCAAGAACUGAUCCCCUUUGUGAAGCCUGCGCCCAUCGACCAGGAGCCAUCAAAGAAGCAGAAAAAGCAACAUGAGGGCAACAAAAAGAAAGUGGCUGCAGGUGAUGGUACCCUGGAAGGCCGGCUGCAGAACAUGGAGGUCACCGAUGCCUGAACACUUCUUCCUCCAGCUCACCAGGCUUUCCUUUCUGUCAGCUGGGAUCUCACAGCCCACUCCAGGGCAGGGAAGCCAAGCACUCACUCAUCACCCUGCCCCUUCCGACUGCAUAGCUAACCGGCGAACAGUCUGCCCUGUACGAUGCAGAUGCUCCUGUCGCUUCGCCUGGGCAUAGGAUUUAAUCACUGGUGACUGACGAAGCCAUGUAAUAAAAUAUCUCUGGGGAAGGCCUAGUACUCUA